AUGACGCAGCAAAAUAAAACGAUGAAUUUCCUCAUACACGAUGCCAACGGACAUCCACAAGUGAUCAAAGUCGUGCAGAGCACGCCUAAUAAAACACUUGGUGGUUUAGUUGGCACCACAAACACAAGUAACCUCAAGGUUUUCAAGAGUCCUGGUCAAGACUCUCAGAUCUUAUCAUCUGGUACACAAGUCCUUAGGACUAUCAGUUUACAAACUCCUUCAAUUCCUGGCCAACGGUUGGUUACAAUACCGUUACAAAAUGCAAAGAUGCCUACUGUUAAACCAGGGGAAUCAGUGAUGACAAAAACUAUACAACUAUCAUCAGCUCAAAUGAGUGACAUAAAGCAGGCUAUAGUGUCACAACAGCAACAGCAGCAACAAACUGGCAGUCAGCAAGUUAUCAAAGAUUCAACUGGAAAGACAUUCAUCAGUCCCAUAUUAGAUCAUAGCGGCUCUAGAAAACGUCAGGAUACAGAGAGUGGCGAUUUUGUACCAGACAAACGAAGGAAAACAGAAAAGGUUGGAAAAGGUCUAAGACACUUCUCUAUGAAAGUUUGCGAGAAAGUUAAGAAAAAAGGUACAACGUCUUACAACGAGGUAGCCGACGAACUCGUUGGGGAAUUCACAAAUCCGGCUCACAUAAACUCCUUGACAGAUCAGCAAUAUGAUCAAAAGAAUAUUAGAAGACGUGUCUAUGACGCACUCAAUGUUCUCAUGGCAAUGAACAUCAUCUCCAAAGAGAAGAAAGAAAUCAGAUGGUUAGGGUUACCGACAAAUUCACUUCAAGAAUGUCUCGCUUUGGAGAAGGAUAAAAAAAAGAAAAUCGAAAAGAUCAAAGCAAAGACGCAGCAUCUACAUCAAUUAAUUCUUCAACACAUCUCCUUCAAGAGCCUCGUUGAGCGAAAUCGCUUUAACGAAAGUUUCGAGGGUCCACCUAAGCCAAACUCAGCAAUACAGUUGCCCUUCCUCAUAGUCAACACCGGCAAAAAGACUGUCAUAGACUGCAGCAUUUCGAACGACAAAACCGAGUACCUGUUUAACUUUAACGAUAAGUUCGAAAUCCACGACGACAUAGAAGUUCUAAAACGCAUGGGUCUGGCUUUUGGUUUGGAGAAAGGAGAGUGCUCAGAAGAGGAUUUACGAAAAGCAAAAUUAAUGGUGCCCAAGUCCCUUGAAAAAUACGUAGAACAACUCGCGUCUGGCGAUCUGGAAAAAUUUAUACCAGUGACCAUUCCCGGACCGAGUACUUCGAUGGACGAGUUGGAAAUCAAAUUGGAAAGUUCUGGUUCACGGCCGCCAUCCUCGUCGCACACAUCCUUAUCAGAAGAUCCUCUCUCGCCACCCUCUCAGUACUAUUCCGAGGAAGAGGACGAGGACGAGGAGAGUGACCAGGACGAUCAGGUCGACAGUGAUCUUGAGGUCAACUAGCAUCCAGGUGGUGCUCGAGGCGACGUUGUAUCCUGGCGAAAUUCUCGCGAGGAGUUGGCCUUCUACUAGGAAUUACCUCGGUAGGAUCCGAGAACCGAGAGCGGUACGGAUUUAAGAAACACGGGAGAGGAUGAGCCACGAGUAUAGCGUAGAGAAGAGAGGCAACACAAAGAUUGAAUUGUGUAAGAGAAAAUGAUAAGGAGUUUACACAAAAUGAAAAUAAUGAGACAAGGAGGAAGAGGGGAAUGGAAAGUAAAUUUGAAAUCAUCUAUUUCACUGGAGGAAUGAAUUUUUAAAAAAACCGCGGACGUGCAGAGUGACUGAAACUCGGUGCUAAUUUUAAUCGUGCAUCGUCUCACUGGUUUCUACGGCUAGUACGUAUGUAUUAUAAAGAAUUAUCUUUAAUCUUAUUACGCAUUACCUACCAGUACGUGUAUAAAAAAAAAUAUUAACUACUACUACUCAUUUUUCUUAUGGCACGUUUAUAAACGAUUUCAUUGUACUAUUCUAUGGUACGACGCGGGUGGGACACGAUAUCACUACCUGUUGGGGACGCGUGUUCUCUGCUCGAACCUGGAGGUUUAAAUAAAUUGUAAUACCAUUAUCAUGAGAAUGUUGGAUUUCGAUCGUGCGUACACGUAGACGUGCAGCGGACAAGGCCAUUUACAAGAUACUUUUAGUACGUCGAUUUUGCUUACGUAUACGUGUACGUAAACGCUUGUCUAUAAGAUAAGAGCGUAUAACUUUGUGCGUUAUAUGCAGAGAAAAUAAAAACUGAGAAAAAUA